UCCGCGUUUCAAGGUCAAGCUUGAUUCACACCACGCGUCCGCGACCAACCGCAUCGCAUCUUCCGUGCCCGCGUAUUGCACGAGUUCCAGUUUCCCGGUUUAGUGGGGUAAGCAGAAGAAAAAAAAAGAAAAAAAAGAAAAAUGUCCGCUCUCCACUCGCCAGUACAUCCAGUCUGUUCACCGACUUCGAAACCAAGAACCGCUCGUCGUUUUGCUCGUGGAAAAAAUUAUUGGAUUCGAGUUUCGGGGGACCGGAAGUGAGGGAAGUAGCGAGAGGCGUGCCAAAAGCCGACGAUUAACGGUAUAUCAACGGUCGUCGAGAGAUUUUCUAUUUCCUCUAAUGGUGGAAAUCGAUGAUAGAAUGGUGGAAGGGAAAAAGAAUUAACAUUCUCGAGAGAGACGCGGCACGAUGAAUAAAGUGGACACGAUUUUUUGGUGUUUGUGCAUCGCGAUUAUGUACCAAACGUUGACGCGUGCUAACCAUACUGCCAAGGAUUCGAGCAACGCUCUGAGAAUAGACAUUUCUCGAGGAAUUGCCGUGUACGUGACGAAUAACGAAACGACCGUGAAGCUGAGCAUGUCGUCUUUGAUUAAAAGGGACGAUCCAGAGGAACGAAACUUUGGAAUAAUAAGGCUUAAAAAGAGAAUUAUAAAAGGAAUCGGUAUGGCGAUGAUGAUGGUCCCUUUGAUGAUGCAGUUAGCAUGGCUACCGGUCACCCUCUCCUCCAUCAAAUUGAGUUUAAUCCGAAGCUUGUUCGUAGGGAAAAUCGCAUUGGCAAUAAUGCUGUACAACACGCUGAGGAAUUCCAAGAAGUCGGAAACGAUAGUGAUCCACAAACCUGAAUAUCACCAACACUAUUACGAAACUUAUCACGAGCCGGAAGCGGAUGACGACGGAUGGUGGGGAAGAAGAACGAGAUGGCACUUUUUCAAAUAGAAUUACAUCCCCGAAUAAUCGUGUUUAAGAUAAUUAUUAUUCUGAAAAUUAUAUAUAUAUGUGUGUAUAUAUAUAUAUGUAUAUAUAUAUAUAUAUAUAUGUCUGUGAUACGUGAUCGAAGAUAUCGUGAUUAUUUUUCACGAAACUUAUCGAGAAGAAUAAUAUUGAAUUGAUUUUCCGCACGAUGAAUCGACGCUCGAUCGACUAUAGGAAUAAAAUUAAAUUGGCUGUGGUGGAAACGUCGAGCGUACAGCGAGCGACCAAGCAAGCACGAGAUACAUCGAGCGGCCCACUUUCGAACGGCAUCGUAACGGCAUUUCGGUCCAGAUUCUGAACCACCGACCACGUACCAGUUUUCCCUUUUCUCUGCCGUUAAAUUCGACGUCGAAAUCGAAAUCGAGAUAACACCGUUCGAUCCCGGUGACGGAUCGAGCUCGUUGACGCGCUCGACCGUCGUUCACACGUUACGAACGUCCAACGAUCUCUCUUACAAUUCCAAAAUUCUUCGCGAAGAAUCGCGGCAGAGAAGGCGUUCCACUUUUCGAGGAGACGAGCGUAACGAGGAAUAUAUCGAUACAUAUAUAUAUAUAGAUCAAUGUUAGGGACACGUAACGAAAGUACCGUCAAUGUCGAAUUUAUCGUUCAAGGCUUCGUUAUUCGGUGUGCGUAUACGUGCCAGAAACCCACCUUCCGUGCGCGUUUACUUGGUAUGCUAUCGCCAUCAAUCGGCCGUAUCGACAGCUCGCCAUACGAAACGUGCGCCUCUAUAUACCGUUUUCUAAACUACAAAAUGUACGAUGCACGCCGCAUACGUUACGCGGCAAAUCGGAAUCGAACCCGGAUUAAUCUCUGUAUGCUUAGAUCGCGCUACGUGAAAGCAUCCAGCUUUUUCGUAAACGUAGCACACGUUCCAAUUCUCCUUCUCUUCCCUCAACGCUCUCGGUCCCAGAGUUUCAAAACUCUCCUCUCCACAGGUUGAAAGCCCUUUAUCGCCUUAAUCUUUUCCUACGUUUACGCAACUCGAAAGAUGCUUUCACCUUUCACCUCGACGAUACGUCUCAUAAAUCGUUUUCUAUUUGCGCACCUCGCGUCUCAAAGUCGGAACGCCUUUUGAUUCGCCUUUUAUUACAUGAUCCUUAUGAGGAGAUGUUCGAUAAUCUCGAACGAAUGGAUACAUUUUACGAUGAUUGUCAUCGAGCUCGCGUUUUUUUACAAAACUUGCGUAACGAUGCAUCGAAAGCUGUGAAAGACGCCGAUCGAGAAAGUAAUUAUCGUACGAUGGUUGGCUCACCGAAGGAGAAGAAAUUCGCAUAUGAUUAUCAGGGAGACGGAAAAAAUUGCGUUGUCCUCGCGACUGGUAGAUACUGGUAAGGAAGGAAGGUUGUAACGAGAACUUUUAUGGCUUCGUGUCUUCGCGAAAUAAAUACAUGUACUUAUGAUAGGCCGUAAAAAGAUUUACAACUCGCGCUCGUUGUCGUUGUAAUUAUUCAAGCGCAUGGGAUGAAAGCGAGCGUCGAGGAUUCUCCUAUUCUCUUCACUCGGAUUUUUUCUUCAAUAAACGGAUAACACGA